AUGACACAACUAAAGAAAGGACCAAAUCAAGGGAGGCCCAAAGCAAGGUCCAAGUCGGCAAGGCCGGCACCUAGUGUUCAAGGUCAGUUGAACUGUACUUAUUCGAACGCUUCUUAUGUCAACCCACAGGUUGUCUGCGAUACCUCGCAGCUCAUGGGGCCCAUUCUUGUCAAAUCGCUGAUCAAUUUUGCGAAGGAUCGAGCACUGGCAAAAGACAACGGCCAAGUGCCUCCGAAUGUCCGGCGUGGAAUCGGUUUGGCUAUCGGCUUGCUUGGCGUUAUCGUCAUUGCAAGCAUUUGCCAGCAUCAGUUCUUUUUUCGCUCGAUGUCAACUGGUGUUCUUGCCCGAGCUGCCCUGACCGGAGCUGUCUAUGAACGAGCAUUAUAUCUUACCCCGACCGCCCGACGUAAACUCCCGAAUUCACAAGUUCUCAACCACGUCAGCGCAGACAUCAGUCGGGUAGACAACUGUGCACAAUGGUUCCAUGCUGCUUGGACUGCACCAAUACAGACUCUAGUGUGCCUCAUCAUUUUACUUGUUCAGCUCGGACCUUCAGCCCUCGCCGGAUUUGCCUUAUUCGUGGUCGUCAUACCCGUUCAAGAACGCUUGAUGGCCUCUCAGUUCAAAAUGCGCACCAGGUCACUGGUGUUCACCGACCUGAGAGCCAGCAUCGGUAACGAAAUCAUGAGCGCGAUGCGUGUCGUCAAAUAUUUCUGCUAUGAGAGCAGCUUUCUAGCAAAUAUUUUUGAUGUCCGUCAACAAGAACUGAAUGGUAUCCAAAAAAUCCAACAUUCUCAAUCGGCCAACAUCGCUUUGGCGUUCUCUCUUCCGGUUGUCGCAGCAACACUGGCCUUCGUUACAUAUACCGAGACGUCGAAUAAAUUCGAUGUCGCCGUCAUUUUUGCCAGUUUUUCGCUCUUUCAACUCCUUCGUCAACCGAUGAUGUUCCUGCCACGAGCCAUGUCUGCCACAGCUGAUGCACGUACAGCUCUCGCACGACUUUCACUUGUUUUCAAGGCGACUCUGCGUGACGGUCCGCCGUUUGCGAUUGACGAAGAGAUGUCAGAAGCCAUUCGAAUCGACGGAUGCAGUUGGGUAUGGGAGGGCCCUCCACCCACUGAAGAAAAGGAGAACAAGAAAACGCUGGCCCCAGAAAAGACAGAUCUAGACGAACGAGAACUAGAGCCGUUUGGUCUUCGAGAGAUAACAAUGCACGUACCGCGUGGUACACUGAGUGCCAUUGUCGGCCGAGUCGGCAGCGGAAAGUCAAGCUUAUUGCAAGGCCUCAUUGGCGAAAUGCGCCAGAGUGCCGGUGGUACAAAAGGUUGGGCGUUUGGUGGACCCGUAGCUUACUGUCCACAAAACGCAUGGAUUCAAAAUGCGACCUUGCGAGACAACGUGUUGUUUGGCCAACCCUUCCACGAAGAAAGGUAUUGGCGAGUGAUAGAGGAUGCCUGCUUGCUUCCCGACCUCCGUUUGUUGGCGGAUGGUGACUUGACCGAGAUAGGUGAGAAAGGGAUCAAUCUCAGCGGUGGCCAGAAACAACGGGUACAUUUCCCCCACAUCUGCUUAUCGAGUGCCUACAGAUUUCAGGUUAAUAUUGCUCGCGCAUUAUAUUGUAAUGCUGACAUAAUCCUCUUCGACGAUCCACUUUCUGCUGUCGAUGCCAACGUCGGAAAACGUCUCUUCCAGACCGCCAUUCUAGGACUCGUUGCACAAGGGAAAACCGUUAUCCUUGUCACCCAUGCAUUGCAUUUCCUUCCCCAGUGUGACCACAUUUAUACUCUUGACAAUGGUCGUAUUGCGGAAGCAGGGACAUAUCAACAACUCGUCGCGCGGGGCGGGGCCUUCGCAAAACUUGACCAAGAAUUCGGGGGCGAACCAACUGCCGAGCAGGGAGACGAGAAGCAAAAAACGACGGUCACAGCAACAGUGGAAGAGGCCAAGGAGAAAGCACGCGGUGGAGCUGGAACCGGUAAGCUUGAAGGCCGCUUGAUGGUCAAAGAACAGCGGACAACGGGCGGUGUCUCAUGGGGAAUUUAUGGGUACUACCUCAAGUCCGGCAGUUGGCUUACAGUGGCGGUCAUAGUUAUUCUCGCUGGCCUGAUGCAAGGUGCUCAAGUAAUGAAUUCCUAUGCACUAGUUUGGUGGCAAGACAACACCUUCCAAAAACCUUUUAAAUUCUAUCAAGUUUUGUAUGCGCUGCUGGGCAUCCUGCAGACCUUGUUCACCUACCUGUUUGGCAUCUUCCUGGAUAUUUUUUCAGUGCAGGUGUCUAAUAGUCUUCAUCGGGAAGCUAUAGUCAAUGUGCUGCACGCUCCAAUAUACCACGGUAUGACACCCUCACGAGAAAUUGGAAUAUUCAUCUUCAACCCUGCAGCCUAUGGGCCGAAUCAUGGGAAUAUUUGGGAAGGACAUCGACACUCCUCUCCAGCCAUUGAUAACUCUUUGCCAAUGUCCGUCCGAAUGUUCCUGCUCGUGAUAUGUAUGGUGUUUGGAUCCGUCGUCAUCAUCACUAUUUUUGAGCAUUACUUCCUCAUCGCAGCAUUUGUCAUCUGUUUUGGAUUUUUCUACUUUUUACAGUAUUACCGAUCUAGUGCGCUCGAAAUGAAGCGACUCGAUUCAAUGCUGCGGUCUCUACUCUAUGCUCAUUUAUCUGAAUCCUUAACUGGCCUCCCUACUAUUCGCAGCUACGGCGAGAUCGACCGCUUUAUCCGAGACAACAAGUAUUAUAUCGACCUGGAGAAUCGUGCGCUAUUCCUUACGGUUACCAAUCAAAGGUGGCUCGCAGUUCGACUCGAUGCUCUCGGUUCAAUCUUGGUUUUCUUGAUCGGCAUCCUAGUCGCCAUUGGAUUGAAUGGAGUAUCUGCUGCCGAAGUUGGACUACUAUUAACCUACACCACAAGUCUAACGCAGAUGUUUGCAGUCAGUACCAGACUAUCUGCAGAGGUCGAGAAUUAUAUGAACUCAGUUGAACGAGUCGUGCAUUACGCCCGUGGCGAUGUUGUUCCUCAGGAAGCAUCACAUGAAAGCAGUCCAAAUCUCCAACCUCCUCCCAAAUGGCCAUCAAGGGGAGCUAUUGAAUUCAAAAACGUGUCAAUGGCCUAUCGACCUGGACUUCCUAAGGUUCUACAUUCGAUCUCACUUUCAAUCCGACCCGGCGAGAAGAUCGGAGUUGUCGGGCGAACGGGGGCCGGAAAGAGCUCACUCACUCUCUGUCUUCUACGGAUCGUUGAGUAUUCGGGGCACAUAUUUGUCGACGACGUCGACAUCGGAAAGAUUGGUCUAACGGAUUUGAGAGCCAAUAUGGCCAUCAUACCUCAGGAACCUACUCUGUUUAGCGGAACGGUCCGAACCGCCUUGGAUCCAUUCUCCAGAUACGAUGAUGCUCGAUUGUGGGAAGCCUUGAAAUGCUCCUACUUGGUCGAAUCACGGUCCUCGACACCGACUGAUUUUGAAGCACGACACCAAAUUACUCUCGAUACUGUCAUCGAAACUGAAGGCUCUAAUUUGAGUGUUGGAGAGCGAAGUCUGUUGAGUUUGGCUCGCGCAUUGGUCAAAGAUUCGCGCGUGGUGAUUUUGGAUGAAGCCACGGCGUCCGUUGACUUGGAAACAGACAGCAAAAUCCAGCGCACAAUCCAAACUCAGUUCAGCGACCGAACUCUUAUAUGCAUCGCACAUCGUUUGCGCACGAUCAUCUCUUAUGACCGUAUUCUGGUGCUCGACUCCGGACACAUUGCUGAAUUUGAUACGCCUGUGAGCCUGUUCAGUCGUGAGAAUAGCUUGUUCAAGGUGCUCUGCGAUAAGAGCAACAUCUCGUUGGCAGAUAUCGAGAAGGCGGCCAUUAGAGUGGAUGAUGCUUACAAUUAA